CUAAAUUGGAGAUGAAUGACAAUCAUCCAGCAAGUAUCCGGCACCCACACGGAACCACUAGCUCCGACGUAGCCUUCCUCCCCUUGCCAAACCCUAGCUUCGUCUCUACGACCUCACCCUUGCCUUUCCGCGAACCAGGCUACCUGUCCAAUCCGGCGAGAUGUCGUCGUCGGGCGGUGGCGGAGGGCAGCAGUUCCGGUAUGCGCAGGCACCGUCGAAGGUGCUGCACCUGCGGAACCUGCCGUGGGAGUGCGCGGAGGAGGAGCUCGUCGAGCUCUGCAAGCCCUUCGGCUGCAUCGUCAGCACUAAGUGCGGCGUCGGCGCCAACCGCAACCAGGCCUUCGUCGAGUUCACCGACAUUAAUCAAGCAAUCUCAAUGGUUUCUUACUUCGCUUCAUCUUCGGAACCAGCACAAAUCCGAGGCAAAAGUGUUUACAUUCAGUAUUCAAAUAGGCAAGAAAUAGUUAACAACAGGAGCCCCGGAGAGACUGCUGGGAAUGUGUUGCUUGUUACCAUAGAGGGUGUCCAAGCUAGUGAUGUCACCAUAGAUGUGAUCCAUAUGCAGGCCCAUGUUAACACGGAGAAAUUGUCGUUUCAGCACCUGCAAUUGGAGAGAUACCAUGUUUUCUCCACUUUUGGAUAUGUUCACAAAAUAGCCACUUUUGAAAAGGCUGCAGGUUUUCAAGCAUUGAUCCAGUACACUGAUGAAGUCACUGCUUCAGCUGCAAGAGAAGCCUUAGACGGAAGGAGCAUCCCAAGUUACUUGCUUCCGGAGCAUGUUACAUCAUGUUGCUUGCGAAUUUCUUUCUCUGCACAUAAAGAUUUGAACAUCAAAUUUCAGUCAAACCGCAGCAGAGAUUACAACAAUCCUUAUCUUCCAAUUAAUUAUUCUGCCAUGGAUGGUAGUACAUUACAGCCUGCUAUUGGUGCUGACGGAAGGAAAGUGGAGGCUGAAGGCAAUGUUCUUCUUGCAUCGAUUGAGAAUAUGCAAUAUGUUGUUACAGUGGAUGUUCUUCAUACUGUGUUCUCAUCAUUUGGUACGGUCCAGAAAAUUGCUAUUUUUGAGAAGAACGGGGCAACACAAGCAUUGAUUCAGUACCCUGAUGUAACUACAGCUGCAGUUGCGAAGGAAGCAUUGGAAGGGCAUUGCAUCUACGAUGGUGGCUACUGUAAGCUUCACCUGUCAUACUCUCGUCAUACUGAUCUGAAUGUAAAGGCACAGAGUGACAAGAGCAGGGAUUACACAAUUCCAGCAGGUGUAAUCCAAGCAAUACCACAACCACCUGGUGUAUCGGCUACAUACUCUGGGUGGCAAGGUAAUCCUCACGCAGCCAGUCCAUAUGCCCCACCCGGCGUCGUCGCUCAAGGCCACAACACCAACAGACAAGUGCAAAAUUGGAAUCAGGGCAACUCAGGGUUUCCCCCAGUCCCAGGAGCAUACCCAUGCCAGAUGUACUCAUCCCCAGUGCAGUACACAUCAUCAGGGGGCUUCCCUACCCCUCCUGCUCCGCGGCACGAGCUGCAAGCUUCGCAGCAGAUGCCUCCACCAUACCAUGGAAAUCAACAGCUCGGACCCACAGGUGCACCUGGAAUGGGCCAACCACCACCACCACCACCAUACUACCGUUAAGUUGAUUCUUAUUCCGUAAUUGUACUUGGCUGUUUGAUUGAGUUUGUUUUGGCAUCAUGUUAUACUGUGAUACCGCCAUCCCAGUUAUGUUAAAAUGGCGGUGAUAGCAGAUAGAUAUGAUGGAUGAAUACAUGACUAUGGUUUUUCCCCUUUUCUCCCCA